AUGUCUACUCCAAUAAAAGAUGAUUCGCGUCAUUCAACAUCAUCUUCUACAAUAUCGUCAGCUCCAUUUAAUUCAAUUGUUGGUGAACAUCCAAAUGCUGUUACAAAUCGGUUUUUCUCAUAUGAACGAAUAGAAGAAAUAAGCAAUUAUCUUCGAAAAAAAAUAGCUGCUGCUCCCGAAGUUGCUAUUAUAUGUGGUUCAGGACUUGGUGGAUUGGCCGAAUUGAUUACAGAUAAAAUUAGUUUUCCAUACAAUGAAAUACCUUACUUUCCGUCGAGCACAGUUCCUGGACAUCGAGGCAAUUUAAUUUUUGGAAUAUUAAAUGGUAUUUAUGUUGUAUGUAUGCAAGGAAGAUUUCACCCAUAUGAAGGAUAUACAACAGCAUUGUGCGCUAUGCCGGUUAGAGUCAUGAAAAUGUUGGGUGCUCAUUCAUUAAUUGUUACAUGUGCUGCCGGAGCUAUUAAUAAAGAUUAUAAUAUUGGCGAUAUGAUGAUUAUUAAAGACCAUCUUAAUUUUUCAAAUUUUGCUGGACCUCGAUUUCCACCAGUUGGACAUGCGUAUGAUCGAGAAUAUGUAACAUUAAUGAAACAAGUGGCAAUAAAACAUGGACAUGAACUACGUGAAGGAAUCUAUUCAGGUUUAGGUGGACCAUGUUACGAAACAAUUGCAGAAAUAAGGGCGCUAAGAAUACUUGGAGGAGAUGCUGUUGGAAUGAGUGUUGUGCAUGAAGUAACUGUAGGCGCUCAUUGUGGUUUUCGAAUACUUGGCUUAGCAUUAUUAACAAAUAAAUGCUUGACAGAGUAUAAUGCUGCACAUGAAUCUUUACAUGAAGAAGUAAUUAGAAUUAGUGAAUUAAAAGCAAAUGAUAUGCAACAAUUAAUUUUAAAUUUUGUUGGCGUAUUAAAAGAAAAUUAUGUUUAA